AUGGACACAAGGAAGACAAUCACUGAGAUACCCGUGGGAGCGAUUAACAUACAUUUCUGGUUUGACUGGCAAGUCAUGAGAGAAAACUAUGUAGAAAUCUACAACAAAGAUGGACGUGUAAUUCUGUCCAGCAUUCAACAAAUAAUAUGGGAUACGACAAAGAACCCAACGAAUUUCGCCGGUACGUAUUGGAUGUUUGUUUUCAAUCGUCAAGACCUGUAUGCUAGAGGACCCCUGACUGAACCAGUGAUCAUUAAGCACUACAGAUAUGGUGAUAAGAAAAAUACUGGCAUUAACUACACUUAUUCUGUCCCCAAAUCCGAUUUAAAAGUUGCGGAGAAGUAAAGUUGUAUUUGUAUU